AUGAGGGUUCGUGUCAGAGGCCCGUCUGGCAAGUCGAGUACGGUCAGCUUGGAUGAUUCGGCCACAGUUGAGACCCUGAAGAAGACAAUCGCCACAGAGACGUCUUUGUGUUCGUUCGAGGUCAAGUACGGCUAUCCGCCUAAAACGCUGAUGCUCGAUCAAUAUCCAUCUUCGAAGCUGUUGUCAGAGCUUGAUGUCAAGCUCAACGGGGAACAGCUCAUUGUCAACCUGGUCGAAUCUUCUAGCAAAAAAGAACAGAAUCAGCAACCACAGACAUUUGAGUACCCAGAAUCAGGGAAAGGGGCGACUGCUGCUGUUGCGGGGCCUUCCAAGGACAACACGUCAAACACGUACAGGGCUACGCCGAGAACACAAAAUCCAUCGGCUGCUCCUCUGUCACUGUCCCGGAAAGAGAAUAAGGAGAUGUCGGAUCCACCCGAAGUCUUCCUUCCAGAUCUUGGAGGCAGCCUUGUCCUACGAAUCAUGCCGGAUGACAACUCAUGUUUAUUUCGAGCGGUCGCAAGUGCAGUCAUAUCUGACAUGGACACAAUGACGGAGCUGCGGUCCAUCGUUGCGUCCACCAUCCAGGGCAACCGAGAGAAAUACACCAAAGCAAUACUUGAUAACAAAGACCCGGAUGCAUAUUGCCGCUGGAUACAGACCGAAGAUGCCUGGGGCGGACAGAUCGAGCUUGACAUUCUGAGUCAACAAUUCGAUAUCGAGAUCUGCAGCAUUGAUGUCCAGACUUUGCGGGUGGACAGAUACAACGAAGGCGCUCCACGAAGAUGCUUUUUGGUCUAUUCUGGUAUCCAUUACGACACAAUCGCUUUGAGCUUAUUCGGAAUGGCACCAGAGGAUGAUGUCAAACAAUUUGAGCCACCACUAUCCGACGAGGUUCUUCCCCAGGCCGUCGCUUUGUGCCAGAAACUUCAAGAGAAGCAUUAUUUUACCGAUACUGCGGGCUUCACACUAAAGUGUGGUGAUUGCGGAGCCACCUGCGUCGGUGAGGCCGGGGCCACAAAGCAUGCCCAGGAAACUAAUCAUUACAACUUCGGCGAGGCAUGA